AAGUUCAUUUGUUUUCCGCCGAUAUCGGCAAGCCUCCUUGUUCUGCUCGCGCCAGUCGCAAUUGUGUUACGACCGGACGACCAUACCGCGGCGAACAUAUAGAAAAGCAAAAAGCGAGGGCGCAACGCAUCCGGAAACAACGCAUCCGGAAACGACGACGGCGAUAAUACCACCGCCACCACCAUCGCAACCACCACCGUUGACGGAGCAACAAACAACGACGACGGCGAUGGUACCAUCGCCACCACUGUCGCAAUCACCACCGCCAACGGGGCAACAAACAACGACGACGACGGUGACGAUACCACCGUCGACGGGGCAACAAACAACGGAUCAUCCACCGUCACGGGAUGCAGGAAAAGGAAGAGGAAGAGGAAGAGGGGCGCCCGUAUCGCAUAAACAAGUGAAAAAUAUCAUUCGUCGCGCGCUGCAAGUGGAGAGAAGGAGAAUGGGGUAUACACUACCCCUACCACCGCCGCCUCCCACACCGUAUGCACCGUACGCGUCGCCGCCGUCCACACCGUAUGCACCGUACCCAUAUCCAUACAGAUAUUAAAAAUUAUCUUUAAAAAUAUGCCUUCUCCAUUCCAUUCUAUAUAAUAAAUAUAUAAAAAAUA